GCCAACCUUGCUGGGAAAGCGUCUGAUCUUCCCUCUGAAUACAGAGUAUCCAUACUGACGUCGCGGUGCCAUGGCUUCUGACUCGUCUCAUACAAAUGGAGCAUCAUUGAUGACUCCCACGGACGCUCAGGCGCCCUCACCUGGCACUGACAGCACCAAGAGAAAGGCGGAAUCAGGCAGCGGAACGCACACGCGCGCGAAGCGGAAUCGGUACAUCUCGAUCGCAUGCAAUGAGUGCAAGAGACGCAAGAUCAAGUGCAAUGGCCAGGUCCCCUGUCAGCGUUGCGGCCACCUCAACCUCGAGUGCCAAUAUGCCCCGAAUUGCUGUUCUAGCAACUUCAAGGACUCUGAGGAGUUCAAGACGAUGAAACAGCAGAUCGAUUCCCUACAGCAACAGGUGAAUACACUAUUUACCAAUCUCAAUAGUCUUCGGGUCAAUAAACUGCCAUCGGAGACACCCACUUUCGACGCUCUCUCCCGUGAUGGCUCACACUCGGCUUCGCUGCCUCCGCAUGCUUUCCCAUCGAUUCAGCCUUCUCCGGCAAAGUCGCGCAUGAAACCUCCUCAUUUCCGAGGGCCAACAAGCUCUGCUUUCAACUUCGACGUUGCGAAAUCCAGUCUUCGGACUAUGGGGAUAACUCAACUAGAAGAUGCGCAUGACGAUACGGCGCAUGCGACUCCGGCCGGCAGUCCCCCCCAGCAGUUACCCGCAGCGCCAGUAUUUUCGGUUCAUCCGUCCAAAGAUCCCAUAUGGAUCAUUAAACGCGAGGAGGCUAUCAGGUUGUGUCGUGUCUAUGAAGAGGAGGUCGGGAUCAUGUAUCCCUUGAUUAACAUUGAAAAGGUCAUCCAGCAGACCAAUCUCCUUUACACUUUCCUCGAAGCAGCCACUCGCACCGGGUUCGCGGAAAGAGGACUUCCUGGUUCCGACUGUCUUCAGGAUGAUGACACGACUAUCUUGAAAUUUAUAUUGGCGACGACCAUGAUAGUAGAAGGAAAUGGGGAAAAUGAGCUUGGGAGACGACUUUUCGACAGCAUAGCGCCUGUACUUCAGGCCAAGCUGUGGGAGCCGGUCGAUAUCAAGACAAUUCAGCUUUUUGCUCUUGCGGCGACGUACUACUUUCAUACCGACGAUGAAAUAAUGGCUUACCGCCUCAUUGGUAUGACAGCUCGCAUGUGCUUCGAGAUGGGCCUUCAUCGGCGAGACGCCAUGCUGAAGUCUUUUCCGAACGAAGAACAAUGGACUGAGGUGACCAAAACCUUCUGGUCGAUAUAUUCCCUGGAUCGACGGUGGAGCUUCGGUACCGGGCUACCAUUCGUAUUCCAGGACGAGGACAUCGAUCCUAACCUACCCGAGCCGGAUGGUACGGUUCCCUAUCUAAAGUGGAUGGUCGUUUACAAUCGCCUCUGCUCCAAAGUCUGGUAUUCCGGUCUCGGAUCGGAAGGGACAACGGACAUCAGACGUGAUGAAAUUGGCUUUCUGGACUAUCAGGUGCUCCAGUGGUAUAAGCAGAUACCGGAUAAUCUGAAGUUCUACGCGGUGGAGUCGCCCCAGAAUGGAGAGUCCAUCAGCCGUGGCCUCAGGCGGCUACGUGUACUUCUGUAUCUACGUAUGAACCAUCUGAGGAUUCUUAUAUAUCGCCCGGUCUUACAUUCGGCGGCGAGCAUUGCUGAAAACCGAACGCACGCCCAGGCGGUCGUGGAUAUCGCCAAGGACACAGUUCGGGUCCUGACGCGGCUGAAUCAGACGUCAGAUAUCUACCGCACGCAGCAGGUCUGCUUUAACUAUUUCCUAGUCGCCUCUUUAGCUGUCCUCUUGCUCGCUGCAUGUCAUGCGCCCGUCGACUUUAACCGACAGGUGCGAGACGAAUUCUAUAUGGCCCUGGAUCUGGUCAACGGGUUCAGUGCUAAGUCCUAUGUCUCAAAACGCCUCUGGAAGACGAUCAAGGGUCUCAGGAAGACGGGGGAAAAGCUCGGCCUGCUAGCACGUCCGUUGGAUUCGGAGACCCACGACGCUCACUCUACGGCUGCAGUUGCCAUGGCUGGUCUGGCCGGUCACUCUAUCGACGACCUAUCCGUCUACGGGCAGAUAAGCGGAAUUAGUGAGCUUGGAAACAGUCCAAUGAACGGGUUACAGAUCAGCCACGAGUUGACGAAUUUCUUUGAGGCAAUGGGAGGUUAUGGUAACUUUGCGUCCCACUCGGGAGCAGAUGGUAUCAACGGGUUUGUUGGGACAGAAGGCGAGCUGUCAAAUACCGGCGAAGGGCUGCCAGCAAUUCUGGGCGGCGGAGGAGAGUUCUCUCGAGUGAUGAGAGAAUUGUUUUAAAGCACAAGCGUCCUUACAGUACUUACUCCUUAGGCCCCAUGUUGGUAUAU